AACUCUCAAAUCCACUCUCUCUCUCUCUGUCUGUCUCUCAAUACAUAUAUAUGUAGGUAGAGCUCUUUAUCCUGUUUUUUUAAGUAAUCUCAUUAUCAUAUUCCUCUCUCUGAUUCUUGGCUGAGUAGUAGCGUAAGAAGUAGAAAUGGUGGUGACAACGACAACAGCAGCCUCCGACGAACACCUCCACUGCACUUUUGCUUCCAGAUAUGCCCGCACUUCUCUCCCCAGGUUCAAGAUUCCAGAUGGGUCGAUGCCGAAGGAGGCGGCGUAUCAGAUAGUGAACGAUGAACUGAUGCUGGAUGGAAACCCCCGACUCAACUUGGCUUCCUUCGUUACAACGUGGAUGGAGCCCGAGUGCGAUAAACUGAUUAUGGAGUCUAUCAACAAGAAUUAUGUCGACAUGGAUGAGUACCCUGUUACCACCGAACUUCAGAAUCGGUGCGUCAAUAUGAUAGCCCAUCUUUUCCAUGCCCCUGUUGGUGAUGAGGAAACGGCCAUUGGUGUGGGUACAGUGGGAUCAUCAGAAGCUAUAAUGCUUGCAGGUCUUGCUUUUAAAAGGAAGUGGCAAGCAAAGAGGAAGGCAGAGGGCAAACCGUAUGAUAAGCCUAACAUUGUCACAGGGGCUAAUGUGCAGGUUUGCUGGGAAAAAUUCGCUCGGUACUUUGAGGUAGAACUGAAAGAGGUGAAACUGAGGGAAGGAUACUAUGUCAUGGACCCAGCUCAAGCAGUGGAAAUGGUGGAUGAGAACACCAUUUGCGUCGCAGCUAUUCUAGGUUCAACAUUGACAGGAGAAUUUGAGGAUGUGAAACUCCUCAAUGAACUCCUGACAAAAAAGAAUAAGGAAACUGGAUGGGACACUCCAAUCCAUGUUGAUGCUGCCAGUGGAGGGUUUAUUGCCCCAUUUCUUUACCCAGAGCUUGAAUGGGAUUUCCGUUUGCCACUUGUAAAGAGUAUCAAUGUCAGUGGCCACAAGUAUGGCCUUGUUUAUGCAGGUGUUGGGUGGGUUGUAUGGAGGAGUAAGGAUGAUCUGCCAGAGGAGCUUGUAUUCCACAUCAAUUACCUCGGAUCCGACCAGCCUACAUUUACCUUAAACUUCUCCAAAGGAUCUUGCCAGAUCAUUGCUCAGUACUAUCAGUUCAUAAGACUUGGCUUUGAGGGUUACAAAAACAUCAUGGAGAACUGCAUGGAAAAUGCAAGGUUGCUCAAAGAAGGAAUCACUAAGACGGGCCGGUUCGAGAUCCUCUCCAAAGAUGUAGGUGUGCCGUUAGUGGCAUUUUCUCUCAAGGACGACAGCAAGUACACGGUUUUCCAAAUAUCUGAGUCUCUCAGAAGGUUUGGAUGGAUAGUUCCUGCAUACACCAUGCCUCCAAACGCCGAGCACAUUGCCGUUCUGCGAGUCGUGAUUCGAGAAGACUUCAGCCACAGCCUGGCGGAGAGGCUUGUAUCCGACAUCGAAAAAGUUGUCAGGGAGUUGGAUGAGCUGCCGCCUCGCUCUUCAGUUAAAACUGCCCAUGUUACUGUUGAUGAUCUGCACAGAGGAAAGGCUGAGCGGCCGCACUUGAAAAAGACUAUUUCUGAGACUGAAAGAGAUAUCUGCAGCUACUGGAGGAGGAUAUCGGACAAGAAGACAAGCGGCGUCUGCUAAAUUCUGGAAAGCAUUUGCGUAUGCUCUCUAUGUCGUUUCAUGACUAUAUAUAUCAGAAACUUCUACUAUCUUGUGCAUAAACUUGUCCUGUUUUAUCCUAUUAAAUGGUUACUACCACUAUAAUAUGGAAGUAUCGCUUGCUUUUGCAUUUCAAAUCUUCUUUAACACAAGAUAUAGCAUUCCUGUCAGAAUUUGUGGCUUUUAAGGCACUACUGUUGAGAAUUAGGAUAAUACCCUGUCAUAUAUCCAUCGGAAUGUAGGGUGCACAGUUCCUCUUCAUCCUUGCCAAUCUGAGAACAUCGAAGAGUACUCACUGUUCUUCAACGCAAGAGUUGUGAUACUGUUAGAAUGUUGUUGCCGACACCUAGAUAUUACCAUGAACAGGGCCAUCUAAAUAUGUACACGUUUCAGACAGCGAUAUGUCUUGAAUUUCCUUGUUGCUUUUACAUCAUUCCGUAAGUGGUGGUUGUGGCAUUU